UUCCCACUUCCCACUGCUGCUGCCAGUGGAGGGAGGCAGGGAGUGAGGGAGAAAGAAGCCAACGGUACCAUUCCUUUGAAGAAGAAUGGGUUGGGUUAUUCAUGUCGAGUCGGAGGAAGUUUCCCGGUCAUAAACUAGAACGCCAGGUCUACAUCAUCGUUUCAGAUAAGUCUCCUUCAUUUGGACUAGGCCAAUUCCUUCAACUUGACUAUUAGGGUUGACUGGUUUUAGCUCAUUUAUUAUAUAUGGUUCUCAUCCCCCCUUUUUUUAAUCACUGCCACUGGGCAUCCUUGUUACAGCGAUCUUUAUUGAGUUCUGUCUCAUGCGAGCAGACCACAGGUUUAGUUCUUGAAGUUGGAUUUCCGUCAAAUUUCUGUACCAGGAAGGUGUCCAUGGAUUUGUAUCACCGGUCAUUUUCUGGUUCCACGGAUGGAUGUGAGUCAGAACAGGAGUCUGUUUCAGCCUAUUCAGAUCCUAAUUCGAUUACAGGAUUUCAACUUGAAGAUGUGAACCGACAAUAUGAAUACUCGAAUGUUCUCCCCAUUUCAGGUGGUCCAGCCCCUGCAAUUCACUCCACGGAUUUGUCUGUGAGCUGUAGUGGAGAUUCUGCAGAAAAAUAUGAUUUCUGUGACUCUGUUCUCAAGUACAUAGACCAGGUAUUAAUGGAAGAUGACAUGGAAGACAAGGCCUCCAUUUUUGAGGACUCCACUCUUCAUGCUGCUGAGAAAUGCUUCUAUGAUAUACUUAAUGAAAGAAAUCCUUCCUUGCCCAAUCUGGUGAUGCCCCGUGAGGAAACAACUAGCGCCCAAUGUAGCAGCAGUUACGGUGGCAGCUCUUCUGAUGCUGACAUCAUGGUUAAAUUUGGUGCAAGUAUAUCUCCUCUUAUGCACGUUCCUUCUGUUGACCAUUCAUUACUGACUAACUCACAAUCAUUUUCCUCUAUAAGAUUCCCUUGUCAUAGUGUUAUUGAACCCGUGAAGUCUGUUGUGAAUUGGGGGGGGAUAGAGAACCCAAGGAACAUUAUACCUAGUGAAAAUGGCGUAACUUUUAAUUUUGUAGCAUCAGCUAUAGCAAAGGAAAAGGAUGAAGGGGACUGCCAGGGUAGUUUAUCGAGGGGAAGAAAAUGUCUUCACCGAGAGGAGAGUGCCUUAGAUGAAGGGAGAAGUAACAAGCAGUCGUCAGUAGAUGUUGAGGAGUCUGUUUUACACGAGAUGUUUGUUAAGGUAUUGUCCUUUGGCGAGUCUGCAUUACACACUUCUGAUGAUGACCUGCCAACUGAGGCAGGCAGAAAGGGGCGGGAAUAUGAGCAAGCAAAAAUAUAUGAUGAAGAAAGAACCUACUACAAGAAAGGAAUUGCGAAAAAGGAAGCACUUGAUAUGAGGCGACUCUUGAUACAGUGCAUGCAAUCUGUGGCAGACAAUGAUCUGAUGACAGCAACUAAACUACUGAAGCAUAUAAGGUUGCUUUCAUCUCCACUGGGUGAUGCAUCCCAGAGGUUGGCUCAUUACUUUGCUAAUGGUCUCGAGGCACGCCUGACCAGUUCUAGGACCCCAGAAUAUAAACCCUUUUCUGUCCAGUGCUUAGUGGAAGCUGAUGUUUGGAAAGCUUAUAAAUUGUACGCGUCAGCAUUUCCUUUCCUGGGGAUUUCUUAUUUCGUUGCAACCCAAAUGAUCAUGGAACUGGCUGAGAAAGCUACUUGUCUUCACAUUAUUCAUUUUGGUAUUUCUCUUGGCCUCCAAUGGCCCCCGCUUAUUCGCCGUUUAUCUGAAAGACCUGGCGGACCUCCCAAGCUUCGCAUAACGGCAAUAGACCUUCCCCAAAUUGGUUUCCGACCAGAUGCAAGGGUUAAGGAAACAGGACGGCGUUUAGCAACUUAUUGUGAGAAGUUGAAGGUUCCAUUUGAGUACAAUGGCUUCGGACAAAAAUGGGAAACUGUUAGUGUUGAGGAUCUCAGGAUUCAGAACGAGGAGGUGCUUGUUGUUAACAGUUUGUACCAGUUUCAACACUUACUUGAUGACACAGUUACGGAGCGUAGUUCAAGGGAUGCAGUUUUAAACUUAAUCAGGAGGAUUAAUCCAGAUAUUUUCAUACAUGGAGUGGUUAAUGGCACCUAUAAUUCCCCAUUUUUUGUAUCACGGUUCCGGGAGUGUCUCUUCAAUUUCUCUUCUUGGUUUGAUAUGUCGGAUGCUAAUGUGCCGCGUCAUAAUCAGGAUAGAAUCAUGCUUGAGAGGGAAAUGUGGGGGAAGGCCAUUUUGAAUAUCAUAGCAUGUGAAGGGUUAGAUAGAGUUGAAAGGCCAGAGACAUACAGGCAAUGGGAGAUUCGGACACUCAGGGUAGGGUUCAAGCAGCUUCCUUUGAAUCAGGAGAUUCUUAAGGAAGUAAGAGCUAAGAUCAAAUCAUCGUACCACAAGGAAUUUUUUAUCGACAAGGCCGACAAGUGGAUUAUGUGUGGAUGGAGAGGUCGAGCCUUCUUUGCCAUCUCGUCUUGGAAGCCUGCCUAGCUAGCUGUUAGACAUCUGUCGAUGCAUGGAGGCAAUCAAUAGAGAGUUAUGACUGACCCAUCGCCCACGAGCGCCGGCACUGGCAAUGCUUUUGGACUGGUUCCACUUUCAAUUUCCUCCAUUCAAAUGUACUACUUACGGGGUACGUCUGUCUGGUGAGUUUAAUAUAAUAUAAUAUAAUAUAAUAUUUAAAAAAGGUAAUGCUCCUCCUACUUCCCCGCAGAAGAAAUAUAUAUAAAAGUCCUAAAUAUGAUUCCAGUCAACCUCACCUAUAUAUGAUUAAACUUAGUUAUGGCAAAUCGUUAUAUGGCGACGGCUAGCGGACUUUUAAUUAAGUCAAAUGGGGUUGGCUUGACUUUUUUUAUCUUUUAUUUUUUACUAUAAUUAAAUCAAUGAAAAAUUAUAGUGAUUCUCUCUGUCCACACUGGUGGUGGUUGAACAACUUCAACUUGAGGCAUGGUGAUUGGAUUCAUGUCCAAGAAGCCUCGUUUGUUUCAGAUGAGUCUUCUCUUUCAUAUGGAGAACUUGUAUCUUGACCGUUUGGGUUCCCAAAUUCAAGUUUCACUUUUCCGGCAGCGUGCUUUUAUUAUAUAGAGAGGGUUUAUCCAUUUCUUUUUUUAUUAUUAUUAUUUCUUAGUCACUAGGUGUCCAUGUUAUGCAACAUCUUUCUUGGGUUCUGUUCCGUGUGAUGAGGUAUGUGUUCUUGCUUCUUUUUGCUUUGUUAUAUGUACCCAAUCAGGGCGAAUGGAUCCCUUGAAGAUUCUUGAGUUUCUCUAUUCUUCAGAUUGUUAUCUUAUUGUUCUUCUCCUUGGGAAUGGUGAAAUUGAGAUGAUAUCACAAAAAAGAUUCCUCAAUUUCUCUGUUCCCAAAUCAAUUUCUCCGUUUAUCUUGGUCUUCUGAUCUCUCCUAUCUUACACAUUGUUGCUGAUUUUAAUAUAUGCGUCAAACUGUAUCUAGGCUUUGUGUGGGCGAGGAUUUCUUGGUUUAUUCAUAUUAUCUUCCUCUUGAUUCUUGUUUGGUGAUAAAGUUUUCUUUUCAUCUAUUAAAGACAGAAAACAGUUGCUAUUUUGUAUGUCAUUAGACCACAGGUUUAGUUCUUGAAGUUGGAUUUCCAUCGAAUUUCUUACCAGGAAGGUGCUCAUGGGUAGUAAGUAGACAUUUUCCACUUCUGAGGAUGGCUGCGAAUCAGAACAUGAGUCUGCUUCAGCCUAUUCAGAUCCUAAUUUGAUUACAGGGUUUCAACUCG